CGAAGCGCAGCCGACAUGGCAUCCUCUUUCUUAAAUUCUGUUGACAGAAGAGACAGAGAUCGAGGAGGCAGAGACAGAGAUAGAGAUAGACAUCGACACAGUCGACGUGGCAGUCGUGACCGAGAAAGAGAAAGAGAUGAUUACAGACGGUCAAGCAGAAGAAGCCGAAGUCCACGUCAGAGCAGCCGACACAGUCGUAGUGGUGGAGACAGCACAGUUGUUCCUUUGCAUCUGAGACCAAGAAAACUCGACAACUGGGAUCGUCCCCCGGAAGGUAUGGAGGGCAUGACAGCUGAACAGGUGAAGCAAGCAGGUCUCUUUGUACUUCCUGCUCAAAUGGGUGGCCGUAUGGGUACUGGAGUUGAUCCUGGCCGUGCAGCUGUCAUUGGAGCUGCUGAAAGUGCCAACCCCGUUGCUGUCAAUGCGACAAUGGCACGCCAAUCUCGACGACUUUAUGUUGGGCAAAUUCCAUAUAACAUCAAUGAAGAAGCUAUUGGAGAAUUCUUUAACAGUACCAUGAUGCAGAUGAGCCUUGCAACAUCAGCGCCAGUCCUUUCCGUACAAGUCAAUCACGAUAAAAACUACGCUUUUGUUGAGUUUCACCACCCUGACCAAGCCACUGCAGCAUUGGCUUUUGAUGGCAUAUCUUUCCAAGGUCAAGCAUUGAAGAUUCGACGACCAAAAGAUUACCAGCCAGCCUUUGGUUACAAUGAAGCACCAGCUGUUCAUGUUCCUGGUCUUGUUUCUACAAAUGUUCCUGAUACACCUAACAAGAUAUAUGUUGGAGGACUCCCUACCUAUCUUAACGAUGAGCAAGUGAUGGAGCUUUUGAAGUCUUUUGGUGAACUUCGAGCUUUCAAUUUGGUCAAGGAUACACAAACUGGGCAAUCAAAGGGUUUCGGUUUUUGCGAAUACGUUGAUCCCAUCGUUACGGAUUUGGCUUGCCAAGGUUUGAACAACAUGGAACUUGGUGACCGAAAGCUCAUCGUACAGCGUGCCAGUGUUGGGUCUAAGGGAAUGCCCAUGGACACAGUAAUGCCGCUUUCUGCGCCAUACACAGUUACUGCUACAGGUGUUACUGAUCAAGAAGCCACAAAGGUUGUUCAAUUGAUGAAUAUGGUUACGCCUGAAGAACUUGAAGAUCCUAGCGAAUAUCAAGAAAUUUGGGAGGAUGUUCAAGAUGAAUGCUCCAAGUUUGGUGCUCUUGUUGAUAUGAAGAUCCCACGUCCUCAAGAAGGCAACGUUGUCCCCGGCCUAGGCAUGAUAUUUAUUCGUUAUGACAACACGGACGACUCUCUAACCGCCCUGAAAGCACUUGCUGGGCGCAAGUUUGCAGAUAGAACUGUACUGGCUUCUUUCUACGAUGAAUCAAAGUACGAAGCUGACGAGUUCUAAGCUCUCAUAUGUUUGAAAUUACUCUAUGUUGUGUUAUCAAGAAUCCCCAAAAACAAAAUACAUAAAAUUGGUUCAGUCAAAAACGAAUGAAUGGUCUGUAUUGACUGAAUGAAACGGAGAACAAGGGAGGUUUAGCUGUUGGGAAAGC